AUGACUCGAAACAAACACCUGCCUGCAGCCAGAAAAUACCAGAAGUUGAGUUUCCAGGUAAAGGAGACAGUUCUGACCUCACAACCAAAAUGUAUGCCGGUCAAUUUGGCGGAGGAGAAGGAAAAGUUUAUUUAUCUUGGGAAAACGCCGCAGUUUAAAUUACAGGAUCCGUCUAAGCUACAUGAAGCAGCAGAGAAAGCCAAAAACCAGAUUCGCUUUGAUCUUCUGGGAGAAGCAAUCCACAUUCUGGAACAGGUUCUGAAAGAAUACGGAGAUGGUGAGAUAUACCUGGAACAUGCUUUCGGGCCGCGAAUCAACAAAGAAGAGGCUACUCCCAUGUUACUGGAGUAUAUCUCCGAGAACUCUUUAACUGAAUCUUUGACUGUGCACUGGUGUGACAACUUGGCUUGCAGUGCCAAGAUGAUGUGGAAGGGACCAGUGGUCAACUGCAACCGCCCUGACCUCCGGAAAUACUCCCUGUGGAUCAAUGGCUCGGAUGACAACAACUACAUGCGGGAGAGCGGAAUUCGAUGUCUCAUGGAUCAUGAGAUAGGAACACACUUUUUUCGAAUGCUCAAUGAUGGCCUUCAACCCUGGUUCUCUGACCGAGAGCGCUUCGGACUGCGCCGUUCUGGUUCUUUUGAAUCGAAGUGCACAGAAGAAGGGCUAGCUACCAUCAACACGGUACUACGAGGAAGGGUUCAGUUCCUAUGGGGCGCUGCAUUUGCAUAUUAUACGGCUUGCAAAUCAACAGAAAUGACCUUCAGGCAGCUGUUUGAUCAUGUGGGGCGCUACACUUCAAACACCAACUACCGUUGGAAGCAGGUCAUGCGUGUCAAAAGGGGACUGAAGGACCCUAAUGACCUCGGAGGAUUUGGCAAUGAUCAGUGCUACUUUGAAGGUGCUGUGUCAAUACUCAGAAAUAUGGAAAAUAUUGACUUUCUGUUACUGAUGUCUGGAAAACUGUGCUAUGAUGAGGUCGACAGAAUCAAACGUGUCAUACGCAAGGACUGUCUACGAUAUCCCUCCUUCAUGAACAAAAUGGGUCCCUACAGGCGAACUCUGCAGAAGAUUUGCUUGCUAAAUGGCUUGCAUCAGCAACACUCGGUGCAAAAACCACCGGCUGCAUAUCUAAAACGUCUAGAUGAGCGGAAAUCAGGCAAGGUUGAAGAUGAUGUGAAUGUUAACAAAGCAAAUGAGAAUAAGAAUCACAGGGUAACUCAGAGUCGAAUGGGAAAGUUAAACAGAAGCAAACAGAAAGGUAAAAUUAUUCACAGCGGUGUUGACAACGAAGAUGAUGAUAAGUCGGAGAUAGAAAAAUUUCCAGUGUCCAAUAACUUGGUGAAGAUGUUGCAGCACAAGCAAGAGGAAAGCAGGCAGCUUGAGGAAUCUUGCAGGGUUUAUGCAACAUUUGAGACUUUGAGAAAACAGCUGAGUACCUUAGAUUCGACCCUAGACCAGAAGAUUCAGCAGCUAAGAAAUAUUGUGAAAGACCACAGCUGGUCAAACAAUGAGGCUGCUUAUAAACAAAGUUUGCUGAACCAAGUUUCAUGUGAACUGAUUUCUGAAGGUUCCCCGAUAAAUGAGCAGAAUAUGCCCAUUGAGAACAAAACUGUUUCAAUAGAAGAAUCCCUCAGCAUCAUUCAACCCAACAACUCCCUGACAAUGGGAGAGCAUUCUGAAGAUACAGACACCUGUUCGGAAUCUAUAAAAAUGAUGUCACAAGAAUUGCUUGAUAACGCUAACUUUAAUUCCAAUAGUUGUCGAAACCGAUAUGUUAAGAGACAGCAGACGUCAUUAUCAUUGAAAGCGAAGAAGGAUGAAAAUUCCUGUCCAUCAACAGUGAAGAAGAAAAGGACAAUGGAAGAUUUAACAGAUUUUAUGAUCAAUAACAAAGUAGAAACUCUAAAGAAAAAGUUCUUAUCUGAUGUAAACCCUCAUGAGAUAAUUUUUCUGGAAAUGUCUGAUGAGGAGGAUAGGUACUCAGUGAGAACUUCCUGCAGUAAUGUAUUGAUUGACAUCAGCAAUGAUAUCACUGCAGAGCUACCAAAGUAUAUCCUGAAUAAUUCUACAGCUGGAAAUGUGGAUGACUUCAAGCCACAGCCAGACAAGAAUUCAAACAAAAUCGUGCCAGCUGGAAUUAAACAAAAGCCAAAUUUUAUUUUAAGAAAUAAACUGCUAGCCAAAAGACCUUCGGUUACCUCAGGUAAAACUAUAAAACCUGAAAAGAUAGAUACAAAAAUUGGACAUGAAACUGAUUCAGACACAGAUGACUCAAGCAGAAGGCAGAAAAAAAUCAAGAAGAAUAAUUAUGCUCAUAUUGUGUCCCAUUACUCUCAGUUUAAACCUGUAAUUGUUCAAAAACCAAAGCUGGACAGAGAAAUUCUCACAGCUGAUCUGUGCAAGCCAUUUUUCAUACAAGCUGAACGUCUUCUUCAGGCAGAAAAAGUCUUGAAGAAAACCAGAUACCACAGAAAUGCUGUAAAAAAAGCAGAUGUCAUAGCCACGCUGAGGAAAAAACUCAUACCCCACCAUAAAUAA